CGGAAAGAAAAAGGGACAGUGGUCUCUUAAUUUUUUUCGGAGCUGAAUAGCUUAUUAGUUUGUGUUUUAUGUUGUCAACACUGUUAACUGUUGUAAAAUUUAAUUUGCUAACAUUGCCUUUGCCUAGCUACAUUCCUGUAGAUUUGUUUUGUGUUUCCUUUUCUUGGAAACGCUGGAGGGUUAGUCGAACCGCAGUUGCUUCCCAGCUGGCAUACGGACCUGAGUUAUGGAUGCUUUCGCUUUCUAUUCCGUUUUGUAAAAGUGAAGUUUCGAAAUUCUUAAAUACAUUAUUCCGCGAUGGCUGACAUGGAAGACAACAAAAUGCUUGUCUGUGACCAGUGUCAGAAGAAGGUGGCUGCGUCCAACUUCGCCUUGCACGAGUCCCACUGCCAGCGGUUUCUGUGUCUUUGUCCAGACUGUCAGGAACCAGUUCCCAGAGAGCUCCUGGAGCUGCACCGUCAGGAAGAGCACAGCCAGGUGAAAUGCACCAAUUGCAAUAAGAAGAUGGAGCGCUGUCAACUGCUGGAGCAUGAGUUGGUCGAGUGCGAAGCUAGGCUGCAGCCCUGCGAGUUCUGCCAAUUGGAGCUGCCGCUGUCAGCCAUGGCGGAGCACAGCAAGAUGUGUGGCAGUCGCACCGAAUGCUGCUUGGACUGCGGACGCUACAUCACUCUGAGGGACCAGCGGGGCCACGCCCAGGUCUGCCCUGACCUUUACAGUCCAGGAGAUGUGUCCCCGCCUUCCACCAACACGGUCCGCAUAAAGGACGACAUGUCUUUCCCGUUGGAGAAGAUGAAAAUACAUCAGCUGGAUCCCAAAUCGGAAAAGGCGGAGCAGCCGAGUCCUAGUCUUACCAGUUCACUGAAUUCUGGAUCGAGUUCAACCAAAGGCUGGAGGCAGGAGAGAGACGGGAACCUGGACCAGAUCAACACCUGUCCUUAUUGUCACCUGGCUCUUCCUCUAUUCACAUUACAGUGGCAUGAGGCCAAAUGUCAGAUCCAUGUCGGUUUGAAAUGAAGAAUUAUUUUCAUCGUGGAUUGGCUACUUUGGUUGGCAAGUUACUAGGAACACAAUUGUUAGCUAAUCCCAAGAUUUACUUGCUGAAAUUUAGUUUCAGAGAUGUUGAGUAACCUUGUUGAAGUAAUCUAAUUUCUGUUGUUUAAAAGUGUUUGGUUAUAUAGUAGAUUAUUCUCUAUUUCAAGUCAUAGCAUUCUAUACAAGAUGACAGUCCCUUUCUCUCAUUGUAUGUACAGUAUAUUGCAUAAUACAGUAUUAAAAAUAGAAAUUAGCCCUUUAUAUUUACUUGGAUCAGUUUACAGAUUUUCACAAAAUGUUUCAGUUUAUGAAUAAAUGAACCCAUUGUUUGUUUUCUUGUGUAGCUUAAUGAUUCCUCAUUCCCAUUGUGAUGUCAUGACAAUAAAAGUUGCUAUGGUUCCAGA